AUGAAGUUUACUGAACUGACGGAAAUUGAGCUGCCAGCGGCGUAUGAUGCUCAUGUGCAUCUGAGAGAUGGCGAGAUGUCGCAGCUUGUUACGCCUACGAUUCGUAAGGGUGGUGUGAAUCAGGUUUAUGUUAUGCCGAACCUGGUCCCGCCUAUCACUUCCGUGAAGCAAUGUCUCGAGUACCGCGACAGACUUCGUGCUAUUGAGCCGAAUGUGGACUACGUUAUGUCGCUGUAUCUACACGAGGAUAUCACGCCGGAGGUUAUUCGGGAAGCGAAGAAGGCGGGGAUUACGGGUGUGAAGUCUUACCCAGCUGGAGUUACUACGACACUCGUCCCCAAGAACAUGCCAAAAAAGAGGAUAAGAGAGGAAGAGAUUGGCAACCCAUGUGACAGACAUCCUAACCCCCAACAGAACUCCUCCUCAGGCGUCCUCUCCUACGAACCCUUCUACCCCGUCUUCGCCGAAAUGGAGAAACAAAACAUGGUCCUCAAUCUCCACGGCGAAGUCCCGUCCACACCCCCAAACACCCACGUAACAACAACCAAAGACAGCAAAACAGGCGCCAUAACCAUCCUCAACGCCGAACCCGCCUUCCUCCCCACCUUCCUCUCCCUGCACGCCAAAUUCCCCGCCCUUCGCAUAAUCCUCGAGCACUGCAGCACCGCCGCCGCCCUCUCCGCCGUCCGCUCCUGCGGCCCCUCCGUCAGCGGCACAAUCACCGCGCACCACCUCAGUCUCAUCAUCGAUGAUUGGGCAGGCGAUCCCUUUUGUUUCUGCAAGCCUGUUGCCAAGACGCCUGAGGACCGGGAUGCGUUGCUCCGCGCGGUGGUGCAGGGGAAUGGGAAGUUUUUUCUUGGAACGGAUUCUGCGCCGCAUCCGAGGGGGAAAAAGAGGGGGGAGGAUAAGGUUGCUGCGGGGGUUUUUACGCAGCCGUAUGCGGUGGGGUAUGUGCUUGAUGCGCUGGAGGUGGGGGUUCAGAGGGGGGUUAUUGGGGAGGAGGAGGUGACGAAGGAGGUGCUGGAGGGGUUCUUUGGGGGGUGGGGGAGGGGGUUUUAUCAGAUUGUGGAUGAGAGGAAGGAGAGGAUUGUGUUGAGGAAGGGGAAGGAGACGGUGGUGGAUGUACUGCGGAAGGAGGGUGGGGGCGACUGUGAGGUCGUGCCGUUUAGGAAGGGGGAGGUUACUUGGGGGGUGGAGUGGAAGUGA